AUGAAGCUCUGCCGGAAAUAUCUGCAUUAUCUGCUGUUGUUUUGCGCUUUUACAGCGCCGUUUUCCACGUAUGCAAAGAAGAAGGAGGACGUAGUAGAUCAACCAGUCAUGGUUGAUUCCACUUCGGGUUCAAAGAGCCUAUCUUCUCGACGUCAUGGUUAUUCGGGAUUUGAACGCAUGCGCAACAUGUUUGGUGGCCACAUGUGCACAACACCGGAGAGUACGUACCUUGCAGAAGCACCUCCAGCAAUUGUGGUACACGGCAGGCUUUCGUCGUUGACUGCGGUUCUUGUUGGUUACGGCGCCAACGAGGUCGCCGGUACCUUUCGCAGCAACAAAGGGUAUGUUUAUGGCCUGGGAAACUCGGUUUCAUUCUUCCCCAAAUUUGCACAUCGCGUAAGCUUCACUUACGACUACAUGCCCCCCAAGCAACCUCGUUGGGAAACGGAAGAGUUCUGCGCACUGAUAUUUUCGCCCGCUCUGAAUCUUGGCCCGUCGAUAAUCUCUACCAUCGGAAACAACGCCAACAGUCGUCAACGCUUCCUUGGGUCAACCGAAAACAUCGUCAGACUGCUAAUUAGUGAGAGUGCUGGCACGAGGUCCAAGCUGGUAACACAGUGCUGCUUCCUAAUGCAUAAACAACCAUGA